AUGUCCACGUACGUCGUCCAGGGCUUGACCCACUUCCUCUCCCACCCCGCUCUAUGGCGAACAGCGCUCUGUCCUUUUCUCUCCACGCUCCUCGUGGCAAUCGCCGCCAUCGUCGUGCUCCUUAGCGUAGCUCUUCGUCCUCAAGCCGACAGUCUGGAAGACGCAGGCGUGCCCCUGUGGCUCUCGUGGCUCUUGGCCGUCACGCUCGUGCUCGUGGAGAUUUUAAUCGUUACUUUUGCCUACAAAUUACUCGUCAUGGGCCAUUAUCAGGACAAGAUCUUUGAGCAGGUGAUGGUCGCCCGUGGCUACAAGGACUUGGUCGAAAACACGUCUCAACACGCAGGAUGGGCUUGGUCCUGUCGCUCUUGUUGUCGCGUUAGUGUCUGGAGACGCCUUACGUUGCUCGUUGCUACGCUACCACUGAAUAUGCUGCCGAUUGUUGGCUCAGUCAUUUAUGCUUGGAAAAACGGCACGAUCUUGGCUUGGGAGUACCAUCUCCUCUACUUUGAAUUCAAGCACUUGUCCUACGAAGAGCAGCGAGCUUUUAUCGAGAAACACAAGGUCCAGUACUCGUCGUUUGGUAUGCAAGCGCUGCUUUUGGAGAUGAUGCCUGUCAUUGGCUCGGUGUUCGUCUUUACAAACGCAGUAGGAGCGGCACUGUUUGCUGCUCAUUUGGAAGACGAAGAGGACUAUGAUCGUGUACAAGGCGGUGGUGUGCAGCCCGGUUGGGACAAGAGCAAAUGUGCAGACUCGAGUGCAUAUAAUUACAGCAACGUACCAUCUGGAGGCAUGGUCUAA